CGCCUCCUUAUUACACCUUCUUUUCAGGAAUCAUUCAUAACGCCGAUGCGUCAAACGCGCACGGACCUAUAAAUACGGCUGCGCGCAGCUCCCAGUUACACAUCUCCUCCACAAAUCACAGCAGCGCAGCGGCAACUCAAAGGAAAACAGAGGGAAUCCGGUGUUUUCUUCUUUCAUCUGAGGCUCGUUUUUUUCUUCCCUCCUUCGUUCCACGUUUCCAGAAUGCCGGCAGCGCGCGUGCAGCACGUCGUGGCGGCGGUCGUGUGCGCCGCGCUCUUCGCGGCGACGCUGGGGUCGCCGGUGGCGGGUCCGGAGCCGAUCCGGUGCGCCCCGUGCUCCCCGGAGCGGCUGAGCCAGUGUCCGGCGGUGGCGCCCGGCUGCGCCGAGGCGCUGCGGGAGCCCGGCUGCGGCUGCUGCCUCGCCUGCGCCCUGAAGGCGGGGGAGCUGUGCGGCAUCUACACGGCGCCGUGCGGCUCCGGGCUCCGGUGCGCGCCGAGACCCGACGACCCGCGGCCGCUGCACGCGCUCACCCGCGGACACGCCGUGUGCACGGAGAGCCCCGCCGCGCCGCA